AUUUGAUGCAUAUGUCGAUUUGGCCAUCUGUGAGAUCAAAACAUCCGGUGGCAUUGCCGAAAAUUCGAACCAUUUUGAUGCUGCAUCUUCCUGUAGGAAGGCAGCCUGUGUUGGAAAGAGCUCCAAAUCUUAGAAAGUUAGGAUGUUAUGUAUCACCACAGCGUGGUGGUUUGGUGUUCUUCCCUCCGUUAGACUUCCUGGUCCAUCUUGAAAAACUGAAGAUUUAUAUCGACCAUGACUACCGCCACGGUUUACCAACUCAGAUGAGGUUCAGUUGGCUGAAUCGCUUACCCCAUAGCCUCAGGAAAGUGACGUUUUUAAACUGCUAUCUGCCAUGGUCAGAUUUAUCUCAACUUGGAAGAUUACCAAAUCUGGAAAUUCUGAAAAUCUUGUGUGCUGCCUUCCAAGGACCAAGAUGGGACACAAACGAUGGGGGGUUUCAGAAACUGAAGUGUUUGAAAAUCCAGUCUCCUGAGCUUGUAGAAUGGAACACGGACAGUGAUCACUUUCCCCGACUGGAAAGACUAAUUAUGAACGACUGUGGACGACUGAAGGAGAUCCCAAUGUGCUUAGGUGAUAUUCCUACCAUGGGAUUCAUAGAGCUCUGGCGGCCUAGAAGGUCGGUAGCGGAGUCUGCGUGGCGGAUUUAUGAGGAGCAGCAAAGUCUUGGUAAUGAUGGGCUGAAGAUCAUCAUCCAUAGUCGUAGGGAAUAUGAACCAACCUUCUUGUACAAACCUCCUAAGAUAAUGAUCAAUUAUAGGCAUAGCUCAACGGAUGAAUCUGGAGAUGAAGAGUCAUCAGAUGGGGAAGCAUAGACAGAUGUCAAAGAAUGGCCAAAUACAAUCUUCAGUUAUACUUUCUUUGUUGCUGUUUCAAGAGAAAUGGUCC